AUGAUGGCAUUCAGAGGUCCACUGGCAUUAGCCGUGGCCACGUUACUGGUCAUCUGCAACGCCGACCCUCGUCAGGAACAAGAUGUUAGAGUUGGCGAGCAUUCCGGAGAUCGCUACAGCUUGAAUGAUCUGAGACAGAAGGAACAAAUAGAAAACUUUAUGAGAUUCCUGAUGCAAUACGAAAACUUUGACGAAAAUAACGCUAGGCUCGGUAUCGGAGGUACAUCUAUGGUGGGAAAAUCUAUCGAUUAUCCAAAUGAAGCGAGAAUAGGGAUUGGCGGUUCAUCCAUGCUUGGAAGAGAUCUCAGAUAUGGUAAUGGAAUGUCCAGAAUUGGGGGAUCAAGUAUGUUGGGGCGAAGCUUAGUAGCAAAGAGAUUUCUUGAUCCAUUAGGUGGCGGUAAUUUUGUACGAAAUCUUGAUUCUAUUGGAGGUGGAAAUUUCGUUCGCAACCUGGAUUCCAUCGGCGGAAGCAAUUUCGUUAAGAAAAAUCUCGAUCAGAUCGGUGGACCGAAUCUAGUGAAACGAAAUCUCGAUUCAUUGGGUGGUGGUAAUUUGGUUCGUAAUCUAGAUUCAAUUGGAGGUGGAAACUUCGUCCGACACGUUGACCCGCUCGGCGGCGGAAACUUCGUUUAA